CCUCUGUAUAAUUUAUCUCAUUGUUUUUCUGGUUGGUGUAUAUAUUUGAAACUCCCCAACAUCUCAUGACCAACGUACCUAGUUGCGCUUCUUCCUUCACACCCUCUUCCGGAGGAGUCGUCUUCUGAAAUUUUCUGGGGAAGGAAGUAAAAGAAAGCUAGGGUUUCGUUCAAUCUGGAAAUGGGUAACGGAGAGAAAAGUGCGAGGAGCUUUCACCGGCAUCUCGGUCAUCACCAUAACCAUCAAGGGAAGAGCAGUAAGCAGGGAAGAGAUGUGCCGAAGGGGUGCUUGGCCAUAAAAGUAGGUCAAGGAGAGGAGCAGCAGAGAUUCGUGGUGCCGGUGAUAUAUUUCAAUCAUCCGCUGUUCAUGCAGCUUCUGAAAGGUGCUGAGGAGGAGUACGGCUUCGAUCAAAAGGGUACAAUCACAAUCCCUUGCCAUGUGGAGGAGUUUAGGUAUGUUCAAGGCAUGAUUGACAGGGAAAAGUCCCUUCAUCAUCAUCAUCAUCAUCACUAUCAUGUUGGUUGCUUUAGGGUUUGAUCAAUUGAUGUCAUCGCCGGCUGACCCAAUUACCAGGAAUUAAAGUUAUUGCGUUUUGAUGGUGUUGUGGUGCCAUAUGCGGCCUAACCCAUGAAAGAGAAACGAUCAAAAUAGCUUUUUUUGUUAA